GCGGAGUGGAACAAGCUGGAGCCACUCAAGCAGAACGAGAUAAUGAAGGCCGCGAUGAGACUGCACAGGAACACCGGACAUCGACUUCCGAGGGCGAUGAUCAAAGUGCCACGACGCGGGGGGGCCACCGCUGUGACCAUCGCGGCGGCGAAGCAGAUCAAGCGCAGCUCUUGCUUCGAGAACCAGGCGAGCAAGCUCACGCUCGCGGUGAAGAUCUUCAGUCGUCCUGGACAGGGGUCGAGGAACUGCGCGGCGAAGGAGCUGCUGGGCGCUUUCCGGAGCCACUGGUCAGACAGGUAUGGAAUUCCUGCAGCACUACGUCACGACCCGAAAGAAGCCAAUGUAUCACGUGGACUAUUCGGGAACAUCUCGAGCGAGGGCGCGGUGCUGGACCCGCGCGCGACGCGGGCACACUGGCAGAAGGGCAUCGCCGAGCGGGCGAUCCAGACAUUUUUCGAGCGUGCCAAGUCGCUGCACCGGGAUCACUAUACCGACAUGGAGACGGCGGUGCACCAGGCGGCGGAGACGCACAACACCGUGGAGCGCGUAGACGGCUACAGCCCGACGCAGUGGGCAUUCGGAAGAGAUGAGAAGUGGCCCGGGACAUUCACGAAGGACGAGAGCCUAGAC